AUGUCAGUCUUCAAUACCUCUGAAGUAGAUAUUUCUACCUUCUUCCUGAUUGGAAUCCCUGGAAUGGAACAUUCUCACAUUUGGUUCUCUAUCCCAAUUUGCCUCAGUUACUUCUUUGCCAUUCUUGGUAACUAUACCAUCCUCUUCUUCAUAAAAACAGAGGCCUCUUUGCAUGACCCUAUGUACUAUUUCCUCUCCAUGUUGGCAUUUUCUGACCUAGGAUUGUCCAUCUCCUCCCUUCCAACUAUGCUGAGAAUAUUCUUAUUCAAUGCCACAGGGAUUUCCUCAGAUGCUUGCAUUGCCCAAGAGUUUUUCAUUCAUGUCUUCUCAGCCAUGGAGUCAACUGUACUUUUCAUCAUGUCUAUUGACCGCUUUAUAGCCAUCAAUAACCCUCUGAGAUAUACCUCUAUCCUUACAGGUGCCAGGGUCAUUAAAAUUGGCCUUGUGAAUGCUAUAGUAUGUAUUUCCUUUAUCCUUCCUUUCCCAUUUACUUUAAGGAGGCUGAAAUUCUGUAAGAAAAAUGUUCUUUCCCACUCCUACUGCCUCCACCAGGAUGUCAUGAAGCUGGCCUGUUCUGACAACAAAGUCAAUGUCAUCUAUGGUUUUUUUGUAGCUCUUAUAGCUAUGUUAGAUUUGGUAUGCAUUUCUGUGUCUUACAUACUGAUCCUGAAAAUUGUUCUGGGCAUUGCCUCACAGAAAGGCCGCUUCAAGGUCCUUAACACAUUCAUCUCUCAUAUCUGUGCAGUGCUUAUCUUCUAUGUGCCUAUCAUCACAUUAGCUGUCCUUCACCGCUUUGGCAAAAAAUGUUCUCCCGUUAUUAUGAUAAUUAUAGCUGAUAUCCUCCUUUUAGUCCCUCCUCUAAUGAAUCCCAUAGUAUAUACUGUGAAGAGUCAACAGAUGAGAAUUGUGAUCCUGGGUAAACUAUGUGAGAAACAGGUUUGA